CUUACAUAUCAUGCAGCGUAAGUUUUCUGUGUUGAAAAUUUACGAUAUGAAGAAUGACUACCUUGCUUGUAAAAGUAACUGAACAACAUGAAACAAUCAUUUGUUUCAACAAUACCAACUGAGAUACACAGUGGAAGUACUGCUGAUUUUUGCGAAAAAUGUCAGAUUACUACGUUGUAAAAUUUCAAGUAAAUAAAGAUCCAUGGGAUGUAGCACCUAAACUGUGGCUAACUCGGAAUAAUGGCGACGAUGAUGAUGAAAGUGACGAUGAUGAUGAUUAUGAUCAAUGUUGGUGGCCUAAUAAUUAUCAAUGGUACAAAAAAUCAAAUCAAAUCAUUUUUAAUGGCAGUACUAAAGGCUGGAAAUUGUGUGACAUUGUCGAAGUUGAUAAUUUUCAAUAUGGUAGUUUAGAAGAAGCUGAAGUUAGAGCUGAUACAUUAAACCGUCGAGAUUUGGAAGAUAAACGGUUCAAUGAGUUGAAGGAACAAGUCGCAAUUAUGGGGAAUAAAAAUAGGAUUAUAGAUUGUAAUUGUAAUUGUAAUUCCUAUGUGAUACCUAAAAAGCUCAAUGAGAUACUUAGUCAUUCUGAGAAGAUAAAAGCCAUGCUUGUGAAAAUUAAACAACAAGCUGACGCUAAAAUAGUAAAACCGACUUUAGAAAAGCUUUUGCCGAUUAAAAGCUACAAAGAUUUAAAAACAUUUGAAACAAAGUUUCUAGAAGAAGAUUGGAUAUCUCCAGCACUGAAAGAACUCAUCGGAAUUUUAACUGAUGGCGAAAAAAUUCAUGAAAGUGUCUUUAGAAUCCUUGAAACUAUUUUUUCUCGUGAGUUAGCAGCUCAGUGUACUUGGGACGGAAAUAAUGGACUGAAAAUCAAAGAUUUAUUAGUAAUUAAGAAAAUAGAAGUAACUUUGAGAGGCAUUGCUCCUGAGUAUAAUGGAUUAUUUCAACAAGAUGUUAUUACUUGGUUUGAAAAGAACAGAAACUCAACUCUGUUACCUGAUUAAAUUAAUAGUUACAUGCCAAAUAUUUUAUACUUAAGUAUUUUUAUACUCAGAUACUAAUUUUAUUACUAUUAAUAA